AAAUCAAAGCAAGAUAUCGAAGACGAGGGACAUGCGACGUGUCAGAAGGAUGGCAUUGGUGGGAAUGUCAAGUUGUGCCGCCUGCAGCCACUGCUGGAAGUGCCCAUCCGAGAGGCCGAGGCGCAGCCCUUCGAGGUGCUCAUGCAGUUCCUGUAUACGGAUAAAAUAAAAUACCCUCGCAAAGGUAAUGUGCAGGAUGUGUUGCUCAUUAUGGACGUGUACAAACUAGCCUUGAACUUCAAGCUCUCUCGCCUGGAACAGCUCUGCCUUCAGUACAUUGAAGCAUCCGUAGAUCUGCAGAACGUGCUCAUUGUGUGUGAAAAUGCUAACAAGCUUCAGCUGGAUCAGCUAAAGGAACAUUGCCUGAACUUUGUGGUGAAGGAAUCACAUUUUAAUCAGGUAAUAAUGAUGAAGGAGUUCGAGCAUCUUUCUUCAUCCCUCAUUGUGGAGAUUGUACGGAGAAAACAGCAGCCUCCUGUGCGAACACAUUCCGACCAGCCGCUUGACAUCGGAACAUCUUUAAUUCAGGACAUGAAGGCUUACCUGGAAGGAGCCGGGACUGAAUUCUGCGAUAUCAUCCUUCUCUUGGACGGCCACCCGCGGCCAGCCCACAAAGCCAUCCUGGCAGCCCGCUCCAGUUACUUCGAAGCCAUGUUUCGAUCCUUCAUGCCAGAAGAUGGCCAAGUGAAUAUUUCCAUAGGUGAAAUGGUUCCCAGCAAGCAAGCGUUUGAAUCCAUGCUUAGAUACAUUUAUUAUGGAGAAGUAAACAUGCCUCCUGAAGACUCCCUCUACCUCUUUGCUGCACCUUACUAUUACGGCUUCUCCAACAACAGACUGCAAGCCUAUUGUAAGCAGAACCUAGAAAUGAACGUCACGGUGGAGAACGUGCUCCAGAUUUUAGAGGCAGCUGACAAGACCCAGGCUCUGGACAUGAAGAGGCACUGCCUGCACAUCAUCGUUCAUCAGUUCACCAAGGUCUCCAAGUUGCCAAAUCUGCGCUCCCUGAGUCAGCUGCUCCUCCUUGACAUCAUAGAGUCGUUAGCUAACCACAUAUCAGACAAGCAGUGCGCAGAGCUGGGCUCAGACAUAUGA